AAACUCCUUGUCUCCAUGCAAAUUACCCAUACACAUAAGCAAGCUUUGUGCUUAAUUUAAUGGAUGAUAUCUUCGAGAUUAUGGGUGGAAAAACCCACGGGUUGGCUUGGAACAUCUGAAAGAAAAAAAAAUGGAAAUUCCCUUGUCAACAAUCUGUGUUUGCUAAGAAUAGAACAGAAAUUCUUCCAAGCCUAUGCCAGACAUGAACAGGGUAGGCUGUCUUCCACGGGCCUUAUUUUCUCUUUUUUGCAUCAUCUACGCAGCAAUUCAACUUCUCUUUACCAAAGUUGUAAAUUGGAGGACCAAAUCCAGUGAUGGAAGAGUAACCAACAUAACUCCAGUAUCGGUGCCGGAGGUGAAGGUGACGCUCCCUGUUAGGUUGAUAUUUGAACAAGAAGACUUCCCAAAAAGCUGUGAUUUAUCAGAGCUGGCUCAGCUUCCAAAAGUUAUGCUGGGUGAAGGUACCUUGGGGACUUUAUUCAAGGUUGUUCUUAAUUGCGGAUUCAUUGUUACAGCUCGAGUGAUACGAGAAAGGUUGGUUAAGCCGGAGGAUAUUGAGAUAUGGAUCAAUUUCCUUGGAGGGAUUCGUAAUACGUGGCUCUUGCCAAUGCAUGUGAGUUUUUGGUAUGGUGGAGAAGCCUUUGUUGUGUAUGAGUAUUUGUGCCUGGGAAGUUUAGAGGAGCUACUGCAUGGAAGUGAAGGAAUUCAAUAUACCCCAUUGAGUUGGGAAGUUCGAAAGCGUAUAGCACUUUGUGCAGCAAUGGCAAUAGCCUUUCUUCAUACCCAAGUUACAAAAGAAGGCGAUACCCUUGUUUGUGGGGUGGUUAAGGCAAGCAAUAUAUUAAUUCGGACAGACAGCUCUGCAUGCCUCUCUGGCUAUGAAACACCUUACCUUGUACCUCCGACAACCAUCAUCAGAAGAAAUCCUGGCAGAGUUGCACCUGAAUUAACAUCCAAUCAAAACUAUCCAAAAAGAUUUACAACCAAGUCAGAUGUUUACAGCUUUGGAAUUUUACUAUUGGAGCUUAUUACUGCAAAGAGACCUACUGUUACUAACUUGGGAGAAUAUGUCAUAGAAAAGAGAAAAAGAGGAGGACUAACAGGUAUAUGUGACCCAAAAAUGGGAGAAGUAAAACAAAGUAUGAGAGAAAUGAUUGCAAUUGCUCAGAGUUGCAUAACACAUAAUCUCAAAGAUCGGCCUUCCAUGGAUAGAGUGAUACAGAUGCUUCAACAAAUGAAGGACUAGCUGGGACUAUAUAUCAAAAUGCACUAUGCAGCAGUAAAAAACUGGUUUCAGAGAAUUGAAAAUGCAUUUCAGGUUCUUUUUGUUAGUGUAAAAAUUGAAGCAGAUAAACUAAUCUCUGCUGAAAUUAAUACAUCACUUAAUAGAAUUCCUUCGUAAUAAUGCUAUAACAUGAGAAAGAAAGUGAAAGAAGCCAUCUGUAUCGUGUAUAGUCAAAUAACAAGCAAGAACUUUCAUUCCAUAAACAUAUAGAGGCCAAUGUCCAGCAUUAAAUUUCCAGGUUGGGAAUUUCAUCGAUCGGAGCUUUUUUUACUGUGCAUACAACUUUUUAGAAAUAUAAAUGUUAAAGAUGCCCAAUGUUUGGUGGAAAUAGUCUUAGCCAUGGUGGUGAGGGGAGGAUGGCAACAGGAGGAAGAGAUACAAAAGGCGGCAGUGAUGAGUGGAAUGGUAGUGGAGAUUAACCCGAGGUGGUGG